UUUAGUUACAAAAAAUUCAUAUGUAAUGUGAUGCAGAAAUCUGAACAUAAGUAACUAAAAAAAGAAGCCUUGUAUCCAAAUGCAGAAGCAGAUGUGUAAAUCCUUAUUUUAGGAAAGGGUCCAAAACAGACCAGGUUUGUUCCCCAGAUAUGGUUGUGUUUUGAGAUUAUCUGUUUAAAACCAUAAUCCCUUUUUAAUCAGGAAUAUUUGACAUCUGCUCAUAGGGAGUUUACUGACAUGACAUCAAUAUCGUGCCAUUGAAACAUGUUCUUUUGGUUUCUACAUGUAUUUUGCUCUGAGGGAUGCAUACAAGGGGGUAACCAUGCCUUUCAGCAGGAAUGAUGUCACGCUGAUCUAAACAAAAGAUGCCUGCCGGAGGCUGCACACUGCUCAGCGUGAUGCCUCUGCCUAUUCUUCUCAACACGGUGUUGGGCUUCCAGCUGUGUCCCAGCCACUGCCUGUGCUACGAAUCCUCCGACCUGGUGGAUUGCCAGUCUCGUGGUCUGGUCCAGGUACCCCCCAGUGUCCCCCAUGGCACCUGGCUGCUGGACUUGAGAGGGAACAAGAUGACUGAGGUACGCACCGGAUCCUUCAUAGGGCUGUGGUCUCUCAAGGUCCUCCUGAUGUCCAACAACAGCAUCCAAACUCUGCAGCCACAGUCUCUGUCAUCACUGCAGUUUCUGGAGAGGCUGGACCUGAGUUUUAACCAGCUGCGUUGGCUCCCUCUGGCCUUCUCUCAGAGUCUGUCCUCCCUCCAGGAGCUCCGGCUGGACCACAACCUGCUGCAGCACUUGGACUCUGCUUCACUGAGUGAGUUUGAAAACCUGAGGAAACUGGACCUCAGUUACAACCGCAUCCGGGCCAUGGAUGUCAGGGCUUUCAGCAGCCUGGUUCGACUGAGCCUCCUCAACCUGGAAGGAAACCGGCUGAAUGUGCUUAAAGAUGGCCUGUUGAGCAGGCAGCAAAGCCUGGAGGUGCUGCUGCUCAGCCACAACAACAUCUCAGUGAUAGAGCCGGAAGCCCUAGCUCCUUUGCGGAGUCUGACCCUGCUGGGUCUCCAGGGAAAUCAGAUGGUGCACAUCAGAUUCAAGACCUUCAUGAAACUCCAGACCACCACCACCCACCUUCAGAUGUCCUCCAACCCAUGGACCUGCGACUGUGAGCUCCAGCGCGUCUUCAGCAAGAUCCAGCAUGUUCGACGACUGCACGUGUUCGACUACAAGGAUAUCGUCUGUCAUGCUCCUGCUCAGCAAGCCGGGAGCUCCCUGGCCUCGCUGGACAGCCAGCUGUGUAUUGCUGAGACGGCAUCUGUGCUCGUCAUCACCAUCACCGUGAUGCUCGCUGUGAUUGGUGCCCUGGUCAAAGCGGAGCACAACCGCAAGAACAAACAAACUGUAAGUGAUGCAGAGUCAGAGAGACAAGAAAAAUGAUGUGUUUUAUUCAUGACCAGGUGUUCUGAAGACUGAGAUGUGGGCUGGUACUGGAUGUUGUUGCACAAUAGGUUAUGAUCGACCACACAAGAUCAUGUUUUAAUCAGCCCCUAGACAACAUGGUCUGACUUCAGUUCUAUACAUCACCGUGGUGGACGAGGUAUUUAGAUCCUUUAUUUAUGUAAAAGUACUAAUACCUCACUGAAAAAAUACUCAAGUAAAAUUACAGCAUUGAAAAUGUUACUUAAGUAAAAUUAUGUAAGUAUAAUCAGGAAAAUCUCCCUUGUGAAUGUUAUACUAAUGUUAAAUCAUGAGAUUAUUAUUACUCUAAUCCAACUAUUUUGUAUCAGACUGCAACUAAUAAUUAUUUUCAUUAUAAAAUCAUCUGCUGAUUAUUUUCUUCAUUGAGCGAUUGUUUAUAAAAAUUUUGAAGAUAGUGAUGGCGUCAGUUACCCAGAGCCCAAAGUGACACCUUCAUUAUGCUUUGUUUUGUCCAACC